CAGCCAGGGAAGAAACAAGACAUUCGUUUGGACCUAUUUUAAAUGUAUUUCGCUGACGUUAGUAAUUAUAAUAUUCUUUGCUUGUUUGAAUAGGGGCUUUGCAUGCUUUCAUAGUCCAUAUUUUGCGCUUCUAUCGGUUGCUGCAGUCUCCUUCAGCGUCUUACUCAGCAUUUACGCGCAAGCUGUAAUACUCUUAACUCGUUACAUAAGGCUUUAACGAGUUAAAUGUGGACAUCGCCGUGUCUUUGGGUCGCCAAACACCACCUUUGAAAUCAAGCCGUUAAUUAUUUUGAAAGUCAGACAUAGCUGGUGUUCAUGCCCGAUCUGCAGCGCUUCAGUUUUCCGCACCAUAGCAUGAAUUCUCCUCUCCAUCAGCAGCAGCACCAACAGCAUCAGAAUCCAGAAGGACCCGGUCAUCCCGAUUCUCCCUCCGGUUUGCUCCCCGAGGCUGCUGUCCUCGGAGCUCCUGACCCAUCCUCGUUUUUCCUCGGAGAACAAACCGGCCCACAAACCGCACUUGACCUUACAGCAUCCUCUUAUCUGCACUUCAGUCCAUCGCUCCACUGGUCCCAACCUCCUCCACCUACAGCCAUGGCAUUGAGGAACGACCUGGGAUCCAAUAUAAGCGUCCUGAAGACCCUCAAUCUGCGGUUCCGAUGCUUUCUGGCUAAAGUGCAUGAACUGGAGAGACGCAAUAAGAUAUUGGAGUUACAGCUUCAGCAGGCUUUAAACAGCAAUAACACGGGUGGAUGCGUGGAGGACGGAAAAACCAAAGAAAUUGGUGUGCAGACUGGGUUUAUUGGGCCUAUCGCUGUCCGGCCUGGGUCUUUGUCCUUUCAAAACACCAAUAACUCUGCAAAACGACCCACUACGUUGUUUAUGCCUUCUCUUACGACUGUCCUCAAGCUUGAGCCCAAUAAAGCUGACGAUGAGAGCACAACUGACCCAAACACUUAUAGGAACCCAACCAUCACGGUUAGUCUCUCAACACCCACCACUGAACCCGCCUCGGCCAACACCAACAACUCCAAUAAUGCUCUGCAUGUGAGCAGCGUUGGCACCAGGACGUCUCCCAACCCUCCUCCUCGCUUCCUGCCGGGCACUAUCUGGUCCUACAAUCACACCCGUAAACUGGGAAGCGGAUCAGAGACUCGGGUCACCAGUCCUGGAGUGUCGUGGGUCCACCCGGAUGGCGUGGGUGUCCAGAUAGACACCAUCACCCCAGAGAUCAGAGCACUUUACAAUGUCCUGGCCAAAAUCAAAAGGGAGCGGGAUGAGUACAAGCGAAGAUGGGAAGAGGAAUACACCAUGAGAAUGGACAUGGAACAGAGAAUGAAUGAUCUACAGGAGGACCUACAGGAGAGUGAGGUGUGUCAGGAUGAGCUGGCCCUCAAGGUGCAACAGCUGAAAGCUGAACUUGUGCUCUUUAAAGGACUCAUGAGUAAUAACCUGUCAGAGCUGGACAGUAAGAUCCAGGAGAAGGCCAUGAAAGUGGACAUGGACAUCUGCAGACGCAUUGACAUCACAGCUCGCCUGUGUGAUGUCGCCCAACAAAGAAACUGUGAAGAUCCAAUCAAGAUCUUUAAGGUUCCCAGCCCUCAGAACGCCAUCACCUCUCGUGCCCGCAAACAAGCCUCACAACCUGCCAAUGGCAGCGAGACAGAUGAGCCAGUCAGCACAUCUGAGAGUGAUGGAGGUGGUGCUCGAGAGGAUGAAGUGUGCACCCCUUCAACCCUCCAGAUCAAUGAAGAGAUGCAGAGAAUGUUGACCCAACUGCGGGAAUGUGAGUUUGAGGAUGACUGUGACUCUCUGGCUUGGGAAGAGACAGAGGAAACGCUCCUUCUGUGGGAGGAUUUCCCAGGAUGCACUUUAACAGCAGACACCAGUCAGGGGGAGGAGGAGUGCUUGGAAAAGGUGAUUAAGGACACUGAAUGUCUUUUUAAGUCCAGGGAGAAGGAAUAUCAGGAGACUAUAGACCAGAUAGAGUUGGAACUGGCCACAGCAAAGUCGGACAUGAACCGUCAUCUUCAUGAGUACAUGGAGAUGUGUAGCAUGAAGAGAGGACUGGAUGUGCAGAUGGAAACCUGCAGGAGACUCAUCACUCAGAGUGGAAACAAUAAAUCCACUUCUUCUAUACCUGGAGGUGGUACAGAUGCAAACGGAGAAACAGAGAGGGAUAAAACCGAGGAAGGAGGAAGAUAAUGAUGCCAUCAGAUCUGAAGAAGGUGUUUGCAAGAAGAAGAAAAAGUGCCCCUCAUCUCUUCAUGGCACCCUUCAUCAGCCCUUCUCAUGUUUUCGCAGUCUAUCCAGUCACUGCCUCUAGUGGUGGUAAAUGGAAUUACACUGUGUGUGCUGAGUGCCCAAAAGUGAACAUGUCCUGUGACAUUUUUCCCCUGUGGUUGUGCAGCGCAGCUUUACUGUUUUCACACCUACAUAAUCUUAAAAGAUGAGAGUCCUGACAACAUUGUUUGCUUUUAUCUGCUUUCAUUGAGCCCAUCCACCGGCGGGUAUCGAUCAUGUUUUCCGAUCCGAUGGCCAAAUGUCUGAGUCAUCAUAUUUUCAGCACCGAAUACAAUCACUUUUGUUUUCGGAUGUCUGCUAGAGAAUCACUGACAGUGUUUUCGCAAAGUUUCCAUUUCCUAGAGACUCCGAGGGGACAUUUGCUCUUUUAUCGUUGCCGUAUGUACCGUUACGUGCCCCUGUAAGCCGUGGGUCAGUAGGUGUGUUGUGCUUCCUGUCUGAGCUGUUGUAAAUACUGGGCUGUUAAUGCUAAUGAAGGGUGGAGGUAACUGUAGCCUGCACGUCCCCCAUCUCUGUGCUCAAAUUCACACAAAAUAUAUGACAUUUCAUGCUAACGGUAUUGUGCUGAUGCCAGGCUGCUUCGGAGUCUCGGUUGUAUUUGCUCUCAGAAUAAUGAACGCUUUGACUUCCUCUCUUGCAGGUGGAAAACAUGAGUGAUGGGUGAGGUCAGAUGAGUGAGAUUUGAGGAUGUUAUGGCUCGGAGUAGACGUCAGAGCGUUACGCAUGUCAACUUCUGUUAUUUCCUUUUUACUUUUCCCCUCAUUUUUCUUCUUUGAGAUCAGCGGUAUUGAGUCGUUUUCUGAUUUCAAAAACGUGGAUUUCAUGAAAAUGCUGUAUAUGUAACGCUGCUGUAGAUGUGAGACCUGCUUCAGUCCAUUUCAAAGGUCUUUCUAUUUUGGAUAGUAAAAUUUGGCAUUUUUCUGUUUCGUAGACCUUGCUGGUGCCUCUGAUGGCUGAGAUUGAUGCAAAAAUCUGUUUGUUUGUCUGACCAGUUGUUUUCAAUGGGACCAGUCUUGUAGUCCAGACUAAGAUGACAUGAGUGAAGUCCUUUAGAGCAAAUUAUAUUCAUGAUAGGGGUCUCCUUGAUCCUUUGGAGUUUUUAAGAGUAUCCUAUCUUGUUACAAUAGAUAGGCCUACCAGUGGACCUUUAGAAAGUGAGAUCCUGAUAGGUUAUACUCACCAAUGAAUGAUCUUACUAAAUACUCUAUGAAAUGUUUGACAAACUUAGGAUCUUACAAACAGCAGGAUCUUAUGGAAAUCCUUUUCUGCCUCAAAAGAGUUUAAAAAAGAUAAUUGUGACUGUUUCUUGUAAUCGCGAGGUACUUUAUUUCACAUAAUUGCUAUGUUAUACGUAUCUGUCAUUUGCGAGUUUGUUUCUCGCAAUUACAACUUGAUGUCUUGCAGUGACUUUAUUUCACAUAACUGCAACCCUAUACCUACAUUUGCAGCUUUAUGUCUCACAAUUGCGCCUUUCUUUUUUCAUAAUUGUGUUUUUAUCUCACAACUGUGACUUCGUAUCUCAUUGAGACAUAUUUCUUUUAACUUUGACAUAUCUCACAGUGACUUUGUUACUUGUAA